CUCUAACCAAAUAAUUUUAUUAUUUUUAAUUUCCAAGCAUGUUAUCAACUGCGGACGUUGCUCCUUCUGGCACUGAUACUGUCCCGACUUCAACGGAGCAGGAGCAGGAACCAAAACAGCCGAUUUUUCAAGCGAUUAAUGCCGAACAGGGUGAGGAAGUUGUAGAAAUAGAAUCGGCAUGUAUGAGUUGCUUCCAAACGGGUAUCACCCGGCUCUUGCCCACCAAAAUUCCAUUCUUUCGUGAGGUGGUGUUGAUGUCUUUUAAAUGUGAACACUGCGGUUUUACGAACAAUGAGAUGCAAUCCGCAUCGGAGAUACAAAAAUCGGGCAUACGCAUUGAACUGGAGGUGAACACUGAGAGUGAUCUUAAUCGGCGGGUGGUGCGAUCAGAUAAUUCUAGUAUUAUCAUACCCGAGGUCGAGUUGGAGAUACCAGUGCAAUCGCAAAAGGGCGAAGUCACCACUGUGGAGGGCAUCAUUGAAAGAACAAUAACGGGUCUAUCGCAGGAUCAGGAAAAACGACGCAUUGAUCAUCCCACCGAAGCGGCAUCAAUUGAUGCGUACAUAGACCGUUUGCGUGAAGUGAAACUGGUCAAGUCACCCUUCCAUCUCCACCUGGAAGACAUUUCGGGCAAUAGUUUCAUUGAGAAUCCUCUGGCACCUGCCGCAGAUCCGCAGCUAAAAGUUUCUCAUUUCACGCGAUCACAGAAGCAAAACGAAGAACUCGGUCUCUAUGCACAGAAUCACGAACUCCCAGAUGCAGAUGCUCAUCUACUGAAGCCCAUUGCCGAAGAUGAGUGGCCCAUUGAAAAUCUUCAUGGUGAAGUCUUGCAGUUUGCCACCAAUUGUCCGAAUUGCCAGGCACCCUGUGAGACAAACAUGAAGUUAACGAAAAUUCCCCACUUUAAAGAGGUUGUCAUUAUGGCCACUGUUUGCUCUCAAUGUGGCCACAAGACCAACGAGGUUAAAUCAGGUGGCGGAGUGGAGCCACAGGGCAUACGUUUCAAGGUACGCAUCUCCACAAAGGAGGACUUAACACGUGAUGUACUCAAAUCGGAAACAUGCAGCCUAUCCAUACCGGAAUUAGAAAUGGAGGUUGGACCCCAUGCCCUUUGUGGCCGAUUUACCACAGUGGAGGGUCUCUUGGUGGCUAUGCGUGACCAAUUGGAUGGAACUUUCUUCCACGACUCCGCCGAUGAUACGUCCAAGGAGCAAAUGACACGAUUUUUAAAUUCAUUUGAUGCUGUCAUGAAUUUGGAGCGUGUUAUCACAUUGAUACUCGAGGAUCCAGCAGGCAAUACAUAUGUACAAUCGCUGAACGAUGACACUGAUAAGAAUGGCAUCGCUGUGGCCGAUGAUCAAUUGGUUGUGGAGCAUUAUGAUCGUUCCUACGACGACAACGAGGAUUUGGGCUUAAACGAUAUGAAAACUGAGAACUAUGAGAAGGAUGCGUGAUAGGAAUAACAAUACUUUGUGGCAUAAUCGUAUUAUAAUUAUUCUGCAUUUAUUCAAUAGAGCAAAAUAAAAUCACUCAAGAUAUACAAA